AUGCAUGUGGAGAGAGCGAUCUGCGGACUGAUGAUGUAUGUGGCGAUCACUGAAAUCUCCGCCACUAAUUUGCCAAUGGUUUUCUUCAUUUCUUUGGUUUUCUCAAAAGAACACCUUUUCAACACAUUGUCACCAUUUUUGGCUGUCUGGACAUCGGCUCUUAGGAAUUUUUUUGAAGUAUCUUGUGAUAGUGAAUACGUCAAUGGCACAUAUAAUGCGAUGGCGUGGAGUGGAUUGAAUAAAACGCCGAGAUUAGCCUCAUUGCUUUGGCCCUACAUCCUUCUAUCAGUGGCCUUUGCUGCGAGAACGGUGAUCUGGCUUCGAAUGACGAUGCAUAGGAAGAACAAAAAGGAAGCUCCACCCCUUCACGGGAUCAUUUUUUCGAAGAUAAAUCGAAGAAAAGCUGACAAAUCGUUGGCGAAAUGUUUGCAAUAUUUGGCCAACUAUUUCUUCUACAAGUUUGGAUUUGAGGUGUGUUGUGUCCUUUCGGUGAUCACUAUCGGACUUCGUUGCGAUCUUUAUGCUGUUUUCUAUGCCUCCUUUUUGAUUGUAUGUCUUUGCAUUGAGCGGCAACAAGUUGCUCGAAUCUGGCCUCAUUAUCGCACAACAUUGGCCGUUCUUCUCUCAAUUCAAUACAUCUUUUGCGUCGGAAUCCCGAAAGUUUUCUGUUUAGCUUAUCCAUGGAGUUCUUGGGAUCAAAAUAUGAUUGAAUGGCUCUUUUUACCGGAUCACCUUAUCGCCCCAAACCCUGUGAAACUCUGGGCCGAUUUCUUUCAAUUGUUGGCCGUUUCCUGUCAAGCUUACGUGUUCUCAAUCGAACUCUCGAAAGAUGCCACUUAUUAUCCAGGCGGUCAAAACUCGUCCGUCGUUCCCUACCAUUCUCUUUGGACCAUCUGGUACUCAGCCAUCAAAAAAAUCCCGCUCGAAACACCAAAACGAAAGAAAGAACCAAUAAAAGUACCGGAUUUCAUCAGUAAGCGACAAAACCUGCUUGACGAGGCAAAGAAUUUCGUCUUUAUUUACUUCUACUGGGUGACGUUGGGAGUGAUUUUUGCGACCGGAACGAGUACAGUAACUCUUUUCAAUCUCGGCUAUAUUCUUGGUUGUUUCUUCUUUCUUUGGUUUGGUAAUUCGCUCUUUUUACGACCAAUGGCUACGGCUUUACAAUUAUGGGACACAUUGAUUUUCUACAAUGUUUCAGUGAUUUUUGUGAAAAUCUCGCUACAGGUUGUUGGCUGUGUCUACAUGUCACAAUUAUACAAGAAUUUCUGCUGGAUGUUGCAAUUGUUCGGGAUCGCUUGCCUCAAAACGGGAUUGGAUCCGAAAUUGAUUGUCAAAAGAGAGAUUCUCGGAGAAUGCGAUGUGCCGCAUAGUGAAGCCGGCAUUUUCUAUGAUGGAUUAUGUUUUGCAUUCCUAUUGAUUCAACGUCGAAUCUUUCUCUCCGAGUACUUCAAACAUGUGAUCGCUGAGUAUAAAUCGCAGCGUUUCUUCGCGAGCCGUGGAGCAGAAUUGAUUGCCAAGAUCACUCUAAAAGACAUCAAGGACGCUGAAGAAGCUGAGGCACAAAUGCUAGCUCAGGUCCGCAAAAAGGUCGAGGGAGUCCGAGUGAGGAAUGAAACCGAUAAAAAGACGUUGAAAGAGAAAGGAGUGGAUACACCAAAAGAAAGCACUCCUCCAUCACCGAUAAUGACCGACAAUGGAGCUUUAAUCUCACUAAAUGUACAAGAAGAGAAAAAAGAUCCUCGAGAAUCACUCAAACCCUCGGUUGACUUUGCUGUUGAUUAUUCACCGAAAACAACUCCGAAAACUGGCACGAGAAUGAGCAAAAGUAUUCCACAACAAAGGGGAUUGCCAUUGAAUCCAUUGAAACCCCGUACUUCAUCUGAUGAACAACAAGAUGAUGAAUGGUACACUUCAACAACUCCACAAAAAGAGAAAAUAUUCGAUGAGAAGAUUAUUGAAAAAGAGGGAGGAGUCAAAGGAUUAGGGCCACUGCAAUUACUUCAUUUCGUUUUCUCGAAGGGAUCUUUUAGAGAAGCGUUAAGGGAAUCCCGCAAAAUCGAGGCCACUCACGAGAAACUCGAAAAGGAAAUGGAGCAAACAUUUGGAAAAGCCGAUCACGAGGCGAUUCGUCGGGCAAUCUUUAGCCAAAAGCAGAAAAAACCAAAAGCCGAUUACGACGAAGAAACGUUUCACGAUCCGUACUCAUCUGGAAGAGAAGACACUGAUGCGGAAGCGAGAAGAAAAUCGACAAUUCCACGAGCGCCUUUGAAUGUGAGUGCUGCUCGUCGCACUGUGAGUGAGGUCACUGCUCCGGGCGUCUCGUUCAGCAUUGAUUCACAGACUGGAGAAGGUCAUUCGGGCAGCUCAUCGCCGAUCAAAGAAACAAUGGAGAAUCUGGCAGCUAUGGUUAUUGAGGAAGAGUUAGACGAAGAAGAGCAAGAAACUGAAACGCGUAAGAAAAUCCGGGCUCGGAUGAGAGCGAGUCGGUUGUAUCAAUAUUACAUUUUCAUCAAAGAAUGGCUGAGGGAUUUGUGGCAUUUUAAUCUAAUGUUUUGCGAUGCAGUGAUCGAGUCAACAAUUCAAAAUUUGAUGAUACUAAGCAGGGAUUAUCGAUAUGUGGCUAAAAUCUUGACAACGGAGAAACGGUUGCACAAAGAGUUGGCUGAUGAAUCGGAUGACGAACGAUUGCUAUCUGCGGUGCAAUUGGAGAGAAAGAGAAGCUUUCUGAAAUUUCAGAUCGAAAAUCGAAAAGCCUCGACAGUCGUCGGGAUUGAGGAUCAAGAUAUGCAAAAAUUACAUAAUGCAAUUGAAGCGGAAAGCACGAAAGAGGCGAACAUCAUCGAUUUGUUGGAUAACACAGAGAUUUCGGAAAAAGAAUCGAUCAUUCCGAAGUCUGACAUCCAAAGUGAAUACAAAUUGAUUCGUUUAAUUCGCGCUUUCUACUAUGCGUUGAUGUCGAAAUCGGAAUUUCUUUGCUAUUUAAUGAUCGUGCUCAAUCAUAUGAGCACAGCGUCAAUGCUUUCAAUGCCGCUUCCCUUAAUGACCCUUCUCUGGGGAACACUCACCGUUCCCCGGCCUACAAAACGCUUUUGGAUCACAAUCAUCACAUAUACCGAAGUGAUGGUUGUCGCGAAAACGAUCUUUCAAUUCGGUUUUUUUCCAUGGAAUGGCCAGACAUCAGUCGAUCCGAUGUGGCCGCCAAGAUUGUUGGGAAUUGAAAAACGCGACAAAUAUGCGGCUUGGGAUUUAGCGUUGCUGAUGUGCGUUUUCUUUCAUCGUUCGAUCUUGAUGGCAAACGGCUUAUGGGAACCGCAAAUCAGUGAAGCGGAGAUCAUGCGGAAAUUGGAAAGGAAAAGGCUGAAGGUUGAAUCAGCGGCCACCUCGAGACGGCCCUCGAUUGCUACUCUGGCUUCGGAGUUGAGAAGUACCUCGGAUUUGAGACACAUUGCCGAGUUGGGAAGGGAGAGGCUGAAGAAUCGGUGCGUGAGUUCGAUUUUCGGAGCAUUU